AGCGUCGUGACGUGUCGCCGUCGCUCCACCCCCACCCCCAGCUCUGCAGCCGCAGCCAUGGAGGCGGAGCAGCUGCCGGAGGCGCUGGAGGCCGCCGCAGACGCAGGGGACGCAGGGCAGCCCCCCAUGGGCCAGGGCCCCCCCCCAGAGCCCUCCGCCCUCCUCUGCCCUGCCGAGGCAGGGGCCAGUGGGGACGAGGUGGCACCGAGGACCCAGGUGUCUGGGAGCAACAAAGAGCCCGAGGCUGAGAGCAGCCCCGCAGCCGGCGCCAGCCCCGGGGGCAGGGGGCUGCCAGGCCACGCUGCCAAGACCCUGCCGUCACCGCCAGUGGGGCCCGGGGGGCCCCCGAGCCGGGCCAAGAUGUCACUGACCGGGGCAGGGAAGUCGCCCCCCUCGGUGCAGAGCUUGGCCAUGCGGUUGCUAAGCCUGCCGGGUGCUGGCCCUGCCCCCAGCAUGGGCCCCGCCCCUGCUGAGGCCCCGCCUUUGGCACCCCCAAGCCCGGAGCCCAAGCCCAAGGUGCACCGGGCCCGCAAGACCAUGGCCAAGCCCGGCAACGGACAGGUGCCAGAGAAGCGCGUCUCCGAGAUGCUGCACUUCCGCGUCUCCGACGAUCUCCGUAGCAUCGAGGAGCCAGAACCCGCCAAGCGCCGGAAACUGGACUACGGCCCUGAGUCCCUGCACAAGCGCCUGCCGCCCACCUUGCCCCGUGCCAGCACUGAGAUCACGGUGACGGAGGAGAUGGCAGCACGGCCAUUGGGGCCAGCGGGCGAGGAUCGGGGCCCCGAUGAGUGGGAGGCCGAGGUGGGAGCCGACUUCAGCCUCUUCUACGACAGCUACUCAGUGGAUGGGCACAAUGACUCGGACAGCAAGUCAGAGGCGGAUGGGGCUGGGGAGCAGUUGAGUGAAGAGGAGGAGGAGGAGGAAGAGGAGGACGAGGAAGAGGAAGAGGAGGAAGACGAUGAGGACGACGAUGAUGAGGAUGAAGAGUCCGGGAACACCUCAGAUAGGAGCGCAUCAAGCACCAAGCGGAAGGCGCGGAAGCGCUGGAAGAGCGACAGCCCCUGGGUGAAGCCGUCACGCAAACGCAAGCGCAAGGACCCCCGCCCCAAGGACCCCCGAGGUGUGAACGGGGGGCCGGCGCCAGGCCAGGGCGACUACACAGAGCUGCCCCUUGGCUGCCUGGAGCUGCCGAAUGAGGGAGCCCUGUCCCCGCCCCAUGCAGGGGUGUCAAACGAGACAAGCUCGCUGGAGACAGAGCGCUGCGAGGAGCUGCCCCUCUGCUCCUGCCGCAUGGAGGCCCCCAAGAUCGAGCGUCUUGGCCCAGCAGCCCGCGCCCAUUGCAUGGCCACGGAGAGCGUGGACGGGCAGUUGAGCGGCUGCAACAGCAGCAUCCUGAAGCGUGAGACGAUGCGGCCAUCCAGCCGUGUGCCCCUGAUGGUCCUGUGCGAGACCCACCGCGCCCGCAUGGUCAAGCACCACUGCUGCCCUGGCUGCGGCUACUUCUGCACCGCCGGCACGUUCCUGGAGUGUCACCCUGACUUCCGCAUCACCCACCGCUUCCACAAGAGCUGCGUCUCCACCCUCAACGGCCUCGUCUUCUGCCCGCACUGUGGUGAGGAUGCUUCUGAGGCCCAGGAGAUCACCAUUGCCCGGGCUGACACCUCCACGCCCGCCCCCGCACCCCGGCCCCCUGGCCACGAGCCCCCCCGCGCUGACUCCACCCAACCCAGCGCACGGAUGCGGGGCCAGGGUGAGGGGCGGGCGGCGCCCCCAGACCCGCGGGCCGACGCCAUCGACAGCUCGGGAGGCCCAGUGCUGCCCCUGCCCUCCGGCGCUGCUCUCUCAGCCCUGGGCCUGGCCCCAGGGCUCGGGCGUGAGCAGCUGGAGAAGGCCCUAGUCGUGCAGGAGUCUGAGAGACGCAAGAAGCUGCGUUUCCACCCACGCCAGCUCUACCUCUCGGUGAAGCAGGGGGAGCUGCAGAAGGUUGUGCUCAUGCUGCUGGACAACCUGGACCCCAACUUCCAGACUGACCAGCAGAGCAAGCGCACCCCACUGCAUGCUGCCGCCCAGAAGGGCUUCUUGGAGAUCUGUCACGUGCUGCUCCAGGCGGGCGCCAACAUCAAUGCGGUGGACAAGACGCGUCGGACGCCACUGAUGGAGGCCGUGGCCAACAAUCACGUGGAGGCCGCACGUUAUAUGGUGCGCCGCGGCGGCUGCGUCUACAGCAAGGAAGAGGACGGCUCCACCUGCCUGCACCACGCAGCCAAGAAUGGCAACCUGGAGAUGGUCGACCUGCUGCUUUCCACCGGCCAGGUCGACGUCAAUGCUCAGGACAAUGGCGGCUGGACCCCCAUCAUCUGGGCGGCCGAGCACAAGCACAUCGACGUCAUCCGCAUGCUGCUGACCCGCGGUGCCGACGUCACCCUCACAGACAACGAGGAGAACAUCUGCCUGCACUGGGCCUCGUUCACGGGCAGUGCUGCCAUUGCUGAGGUGCUGCUCAAUGCCCGCUGUGACCUGCACGCAGUCAACUGCCACGGCGACACGCCACUGCACAUCGCCGCCCGUGAGAGCUACCGCGACUGCGUCACACUGUUCCUGUCGCGGGGGGCCGACACAGAGCUGCGCAACAAGGAGGGCGACUCCCCGCUGGACCUGACGUUGGAGCACUCGGAUGUGUGGGUGGCAUUGCAGCUCAAUCGCAAGAUCCGCCAGGGGGCGGCCUCGCGUGGCCUGCGUACUGAGCGCAUCAUCAGCAGGGACGUGGCGCGGGGCUACGAGAACGUGCCGAUCCCAUGCGUGAACGCAGUGGACGAUGAGCCCUGCCCCAGUGACUACAAGUACAUCGCUGAGAACUGUGAGACCUCGGCCAUGAGCAUCGACCGCAACAUCACCCACCUCCAGCACUGCACCUGCCAGGAUGACUGCUCCUCCAGCAACUGCCUCUGCGGCCAGCUCAGCAUCCGCUGCUGGUACGACAAGGACGGGCGGUUGCUGCAGGAGUUCAACAAGAUAGAGCCACCGCUGAUCUUCGAGUGCAACCAGGCCUGCGCCUGCUGGAGGACCUGCAAGAACCGCGUCGUGCAGAGCGGCAUCCGGGUGCGGCUCCAGCUCUACCGCACAGCCAAGAUGGGUUGGGGGGUGCGGGCACUGCAGGCCAUCCCGCAGGGCACCUUCAUCUGCGAAUACGUGGGGGAGCUGAUCUCGGAUGCAGAGGCCGACGUGCGGGAGGAUGACUCCUACCUGUUCGACUUGGAUAAUAAGGAUGGCGAGGUGUACUGCAUUGACGCGCGCUACUACGGCAACGUGAGCCGGUUCAUCAACCACUUGUGUGACCCCAACAUCAUCCCCGUGCGUGUGUUCAUGCUGCACCAGGACCUGCGCUUCCCCCGCAUCGCCUUCUUCAGCAGCCGCCACAUCCGAGCCGGCGAGGAGCUGGGGUUCGACUAUGGGGACCGGUUCUGGGACAUCAAGAGCAAGUACUUCACGUGCCAGUGCGGGUCGGAGAAGUGCAAGCACUCGGCUGAGGCGCUGGCCCUGGAGCAGAGCCGCCUGGCACGCCUCGAUGCCCCCCAUGACCUGCUGCCUGACCUGCCUGCCCUGCCCCUGCCCGCGCCCUGAGCCCUUGUGCGACGGGGGCACUUCCGUUCGUUCCUCAUACACGGGGGGACCUCCUCUGCUCCCCGGCCUGCUGGGAGACAGGGCUCAACCUGGGCCCUGGUGCGAGGCCUUGGGGCCAAGGGCGUGCUCCUGGCCCCUGGUGCAUCCUUCUUGUGCAAAUGGGUGGGACCUCGUGCCUGGGCCCACCCGUUUGCCUUAGGGGAGGGGGCCUUGUGCGAUGCCUUGGGGGAGAGGGAGUGCCCCUGGGCCCUUGCCCUAUGGCCUCAUGCAAGGAGGCUAGGGUUGCUGUCAUGUGGACAGUCUGGUUGUUGUCUGUCUGCUAUUGAUACAAACCUGGAUGCCUUUAUGUCCUCUAUUUUUCUCUUGAAGAGAAAAGUAAAGGCAUCAGGUUUUGUAGCACGAGGACAGAGUAGCAGAAAACAAAUGCUGCCGAUACCGGCCACGCUGGAGGCGACCCCUUCCCCGUGCCCCCUCGUCUGAGAGCCUUAACCCCCUCCCCUUUUGUUGCCACAAAGGAACCAAUAAACUUUGCUUUGAUACAAA